UUCUUCUUCUUCUUCUUCUUCUUCGCAGCAGCAGCAGCAGCAGCAGCAGCAGCAGCAGCAGCAGCAGCAGCAGCAGCAGCAUGAACACUCUUCCCGCCCACCACGAAGAAGACAGUCCAGAACAAGGCGACGCUUGGCGGCAGCGGUGCCGUUCGUGAGGAAGAUCAAGUGGGGACCACUGUGGGAUAAGUCCAAGGAGUGGAUCAAGAACCCCAUGAACAUGGCGCUCUUCGUGUGGAUCGUCGCCGUCGGCGUCUCUGGCGCCAUCCUCUUCAUGGUGAUGACCGGGAUGCUCAACGCCGUCCUGCGGACCAAGUCGCACAAGGACACGUGGUUCGAGGUCAACAACCAGAUAUUGAAUGCAUUGUUCACCCUCAUGUGCCUCUACAACCAUCCCAGAAGGUUCUACCACCUGGCGCUGCUGUGCCGGUGGCGGGCCGGCGACAUGGCCGCGCUCCGGGAGGUCUACUGCAAGGGCGGCACCGUCAAGCCCAACGAGAGGAGGCACAUGAUGGUUGUGAUCCUGCUGCUCCACCUCAACUGCUUGGCGCAGUACGCGCUCUGCGGCCUCAACCUUGGGCUCUCCAGGACCCGCCGGCCUCCCGUGGGCGUCGGCCUCACCGUGUCAGUCGCCAUCUGCGCGCCCGCCGUCGCCAGCAUGUACAACAACCUCAGCCCCCUGGGCAAAGACUACGAGGUCCAGGCCGCCGACGACGAGGAGCAGGAGUCUUCUUCUUCGGGCUCGCGGCAGCGGCUCCAGCACAAGACCGUGGAGAGGAGGUACUCCUUCUCCCCCUCUCCGCCGCAGCGACAAGGACUAGAAAUGGCCGCUGUUGUCGUCGCCGUCGGCGCGGAAGAAGAUGGUAUGUUAUCGCCGGAGUGGUCUGGUGGGCUGGUGUCGGACCUGUGGGAGGACAUCUCGCUGGCGUACCUGUCCCUGUUCUGCAGCUGCUGCGUGUUCGGGUGGAACGCGGGGCGUCUGGGGUUCGGCAACGCGUACGUGCACGCGGCGACCUUCAUCCUGCUGUGCCUGGCGCCCUUCUUCAUCUUCACCCUGGCGGCCAUCAACAUCGACAACGAGGCGGCCAGGCUGGCGCUCAGCCUUGGCGGCACCCUGCUCUGCGUCCUUGGCCUGCUGUACGGCGGGUUCUGGAGGAUCCAGAUGCGCCGGAGGUUUGGGCUCCCCGGCAGUGGGUUCUGUUGCGGCAGGCCGGACGUGACGGACUGCUUCCAGUGGCUCUUCUGCUGCCCCUGCUCCCUCGCCCAGGAGGUCAGGACCGCCGACGCCUACGACAUUGUGCAGCACAGGAUGGUGUCUCGCCGCCGACCCGGAGACGGCGACGACCAAGAAGAAGAUGCCAGCAGUAGCUCCCGGGUCCAGAUGCAGCAGCCACUGAGGUUUGCAGGCGUUUUCGCUUCAGAUGGUGGGGUGACCAACACCAACACCAACACCAAUUCAGAUACGAGUACGAGUACAAUACCCCCUGCUGCCCCUGUUGGCAUACUGAAACAGUAGGUAAGAAUAAGAUGGAUGCAUGGCUAGAUGAGUAGGCUUAACUGUGGCUACAUCUUUUUCACAGCAAUCAAAUCCAUUGUAAGUACAUAGCAGAGCAUACAAGGCAAGUACAAUAUGUUCUUAUUAAUUAGAAUAUAUAAUAUACCCCGUCAGAUAGUACUCUGUUGACAUU